UACAUUGAAGUAAAUAUUGGUGACACUGCCAUUAAUUCCAAGAAGAUUUGAAUUUAUGUUUUUCAUUCAAGUAAUGCUUCCAAAAUGAGUCAAGUAAUAAAUUUAUGAAUAAUAUUUGGACCUUCAGUGAGUAUUACUCAUUAUGGUAUUAUUUGAUUCAUUUUGUUAUCGGUGUAUUGUAGUAAACUAUAAAAGUACUAAGUGCAAAGACUGAUUUCAACUCUGUUGUGACAUAUAAUGUGUGCAAUGUUUCGAGUUCAAGAGAAUGAUGAUGGUUCGACUAGUAUAUUUUGCAAAACGACUGAUCGUUUGAUAUGUACCAUACGGGGACAGCAAAGAGGACAAAGUGUGGGUGUUAGCUGUCCCAUUCCACGCCCAGUCAAUGUUGUUGAACCAUCUCGAAAGCUGGUAGAAGGUAUCAACUCAAAUGUUGAAAUAUCUGAUGAAGCUUAUGUAUCAGACAGUGAUGUAAAGCCUAAUGUAAGAUAUUUAGCGAAUAGAGCUGUCCCACGUAUUUCUCUGCCUCCUUUGUUGCCCAAAGAAAUAACAGAAGACUUUUCUGAUGAUUGCAUAACUCAAGAACAAUUUGCUAGAUGUUUAAAUCUUGUGUCUACAGAUAAAUUUAGAAAGGAAGAUAAAAAGAAACUAAGAGCAGAAUUUCCUUUAAGACUGCACUCACGAACAGAACCUUUAUUCAUUAGUGAUGAUUUGCGUGAUCCCAAAUUUCCAGAUGAUAUGCCACUGACUUCUUGCCUUGGGAUGAAAAUAUUGCAGUUGAAUUGCAGCAAAAAUUUCAUCAACGAUCAGUCUAUAUCAUUUGCAAUAAAAAAGUAUGAUACUUUUUGCCGCUUUCCAAUCAAUACAGUAAAAGUUAGCAGUUGUAGUUUUCCAAAGUUGAGAUGCCGGGAGAAGAAAGAAUACCCUGUAUGUAUCCCUCAAAAAAUCUUGAAACUUGAAGUGACUCACAAGUAUUCUUAUGGAAAAAGACAGAGGCAAGAAAGGAUGCUGACAUUAAAAACAGGACUGGAUAAAAGAAGUCGAAAAUUACUCAAGUUGUGCCAGUCCAGGACGUCUAAAGUUCAGCUAGAAAAACUCACUGAGGAACAAAUUAAAAAGAUGACUGAAAGAAAGCCCCAAAAGUUUCCUGUCAUUGAAAUACCACAAAGUUCAUUGCAUGGUUAUCUUAACAAUGAUCUUUCUUCAUCUGAUGCGGAAAUUGAUGUUGUGCUUAAUUCAUCAGAUGAUGAUAUUGAAAUUUUGGAUCCCCCACAUAUAUCACAAAAAUAUUCAACAAAUGACAAAGGAAAUUUUCAAUCUGAUAACAGCAGUUUUCUAGAAAGCAAAAAUGUGUCUAUUUCUUCUUCUGCAUCAACUUCAUUCCCAGCUACUAAAAUCUUUACUCUUUAAUGGCUCACGUUUGAAAAUAAGGUCACCGAACAGUCUUAAAAUAAAAAAGUGUUUCGUAAAACUUAAUAAUGUUCUUCAUAAAAUUCAUAAACAUUCUGAUGGCUAUUUCAUUAAGGCGAACUUCUGUUAGAGUUCCUUUUCUUGUGCAGAGUUUGAUGUCUAGUCCUAAUUUUAAAGUAAAGCAUCUAUACAAUGGUAAUCAAACCAAUUCUAGUGACCAUUCUUAUUACAAAUCAACUCCAAAAAAGGGUUUCAUUCAUGAUUCUUUCAGUUUUCGCUCCGCUGGAAAAGAAUAGGAAUAGUAUAGCAACUUGUCCUGUAUACCACAAGACAAAUGACUUGCCUUUUAAACCAUUUAGUACAAAAAUAUCAAAAACUUGUAAAGGAAAUGGUUCCCCAGAUCAUAGUUGUGGAAAUGCGCUAUCCAUACCAAUUGUAGAUUUAACUGAUGACACUUCACCCGACUCCUCGAGGAAAAAUUUAAGUUUUAUUCCAAUGCCUUAUGAUGUAAAAAUUACUCGUUGGCUAUUUCACUGCUUUGGCUGUGGGUUGAAACGCAUUUAUAAUACGGAAGCUUCAAAAGAUAGUGCUAUACAUGAACACAUGAAAAGUUACCAUUCAGUAUCUGACCCAGAUUCUUUUCUCUUGCCAUACAUAGAUAAUGUGAAUCACUUUGUUUUUAUUACAGAAGCAUUUCCUGGUUAUAAAACUGAAGAGGAAAACACAAAAAAGAGAGAGUAACUUUCUUGCUGUCAUAUGAGGAAAUUGAAAUGGAAACGAGCGUUUCACUGGUAUUGCGUUUCAAUACUUAUAUUUCAGUAGAAAUUCUGUACAUAACUGUAAAAAUGUUUUUAAAUGAAAUUUUAAAACUUAUUUUCUAUGCAUUUUAAGUUAAAAAUAUUUAUUAUGUAUAACAGGUUAUACGUAGUUCAGCAUAGCACCAGGAAAAUUUUUGGAUACAUUUUAUGAUUAAUACUCCUGGACUUGUAAAUAAUCAAUUGUUUCAUACAUUGCAAAUGUUUUAGUACUUUGUAUUUGAUUUUCUGUUCCUAGUUGCAGUCAGCAUAUGCAAAUGUAUUGCUUAUUUUUUGGCAUGCAUUAAUUGCAGUUACUACUUUAUAUUAUGUAUUGGUUCUUUGAUAGUAAACAAAAAAAGCUGAUUGAUCUUAUUAUUUUGGUUACAUAAUAGAUAUGUUACAAUCUAUAUAAAUUUUAGUGUUGCCAAAGAAAUAACAGUACCUGAAGAAAUUUGUAAGAUCUACUUAAUUGUAAAAGCUUGUAAUUGAUUUAGUUUUGCUGUGAGCUUUUUGAAAUUGUCUUUUUGUAACUACCCAUAGUAUUUUCAAACAGCUGUUUUGAAGAAGAUUCAAUUGUUGAAUUACAUAUGUGGUUCUUGAUUUUAUCACUUAGAUAUUUUUCUGCAGAAAAGCUAUGUCCUUAUUAACAAUACAUUCUUUUAUUGUUUCGUGAAAGUUGAAUUAUUCUGAAUAGUAGAGUGUAUUUUAUCGAACAAACCUAUUGUUUCAUUAACAAACCUAUUUCAUAUUUGAUGACAUGCUAUCAUUAUCGAAAUAACUAUUGGCCAUGGAGGGCAAUCUCUCUCAGAACAGAUGUGUCUGUUUGAAAAUGCUUUAUGUAGAAUUCAAGAUAGAAAGUUUUUUUUUCAUGUUUGCUUAGAGAUGUAUAUUUUUAUUGGGAGGGAGGAAGGGGGUACAUACAUAUAUAUUUAUGUAUAUAUAUAUAUAUAUGUUUAUAUAAACAAAAAUGUUCUUUUCUUUUACAAAUGUUUUUUUGAAAGCUCAUUAAUGGAAAAAAUAUUUUUUCUCCCUGUCCAUAUUUUCAGUUUGCAAUACAGUCAAUAUUUUUUUUUUCUUUCUGCUGCUGCUCUGAAUUUAACUUGUAAAGCAUUAUAAUCAAGAAGACAACUAUAGACCUGUUUACUUAUCAAAAAUAUGAAUUUUCUAAAUGUUUCCAUCUUUUUAUUACCAGGCCGCUAUUUUAGGCUAAAUUAAAAUCUCUUCUUCUCCACUGUUAACUUUAGGCAAAAAUAAUAUAUAUAAAUAGAUGAAUGGAAACAUAAGUAAAUGUAUGCACAUACAGUACAACCUCGUGUAUUCAAGACUUAAUUGGGACCAAAGGCAAUCCGGAUAAUCAGGGUAAUAUGGCUAAAAAGCAUUCUUUAAUAUUAAUAAUAUUCUAUAGCAAAUUUAUCUUCUAAUUAGGGCAAAAAGCAAUACAGUAAACUCCCGAUUAUCCACAGAGGCGAAUUAUUUGCGAGGUCAAUUAACAAUCAGGGAACAUGUAUUUUAGCUGUAAAAAGGAGAAUACCAAUUGCUGUUUUUUGUCGAAAAUUUAAAUUGUUGUAUUCUUUUUUUUUGUACUUUCUUCAUAUGAUGUUAAGUUCUGUAGUGCAAAAAAAAAAAAAAAUAUAUUAUUACUGUACUGUAUACAGUUUCAUUGUUUGAAAAAAAAAAGUAUUAUGCAUAAAUACAGCUAAGAUUUUAAAGGAGGACAAUUUUUACCUUAUUUAUCCCUCAUUUUAGCCUUUUGCGAGUUUAUCCGUGAUUUCUAUUAUUCGCUGCACUUGGGGCCACCCAAUUCUAUCUGCGGAUCAGUGGUGGCUCGUGGGAGGGGGUCAGAGGGGGCCCGGGCCCCCUCGCUUUUUUUAGAAGACUAAUUCAUAACUUUUAUUUAUUUCCCUUUUUUCUUUUUUUUUUUUGUGCAUACGUGCUUGAAAUUUAAAAGAAAAUGGAUUGUAUGGUAUUAUCCUGCAUAUAAUCCGCAAAUUAUCUGUUAAAAAGUGUAAAGAUUAAUGAGGUGUAGAUUAUACAUUGUCACGGAUAAUCUGUGCAUGUGUGUGAGUGGUUUUUCCCCCCUCAACACCAACGCAUUGAACCUCAAUAUUUACAGCAGGAUUUGCAGAGACCGGUUACCCUGCCUGCAUGCUGUUUAUUUUACAUAGCUUUGAAUGUUCUUACGCGAUUCAGGCUAUGUAAAGUAAACAACAUACAGUAAAGGAAGAAGCCUUCCUUUGCACAAGAUUAAACCGUUUUGCUCCUUUCUUGACUCUUUGUUUUCAAAUAAUUUGCGUACUAUAAUGACAAUUUAGAGAAGCAAUCAUUAUUUUUUAGAUUAUUUUUACAUUAGUUUUGAAUAUACCUUAAACGUUAUUACUUCUUCACAAAUUUAAUUUAGCUGCUAAAAUGAAAUUAAUUUUAUUAUUUUUAAAAAAAAUUUAAGAAUGUUUAAAUAUUUAAAAAAUGUUUCUUUUUUUUAACCAAGGGGGAGGGGGUUCGAGUGCACCCAUUAUCUGGCCCCCUCACUUUUUCAAGGGGCGAGCCGCCAUUGCCAUGAAUAAUCAGGAGUUUACUGUACUUUGUUCUAAAAUUACAUAGCAUUGUUACUUACAAAUACUUUAUCACUAAUAAUUCAGCUGCAGUGGUGUCUGACUGAUUCUUCCAGACUGAGUAUGGCAUGUUAUUUGUUGGAUUAGUAUGAUACUUCAUUGUAUGUUCAUUGUUGCUGUCAUUAUUUAAAAUUAUUAUAUAAGAAAAUAUAUUUAUUUUUUUGCUUUAUUAAUUUGAUACGGAUAAGGGAGGGGGGGGGGGGGAGAUAAGCCAGGUUCCUACUGUUUGUAUAAAUUAUUCUUUGCUCCUUCUCUAGCAAAAAUUGAAAUGAAAGUCUUAUCUCCUCUUUUACAGAUAAAUAUGUACCAUUAAUUUUUGUCGAUGAGUGAAUGUCUCAUGAAGUUUUAUGUUUGUGUGUUUUAUUUAUAUUGUGUAAAUAUAUAUUUUAAUUGUAUCAUUUUUAGUAAGCACAGAUAUUUUUGUUUAUCUUGAAAUUCUAUACCUUCUAGAUUUUUUAAGUGUUAAAUUUGCAUGUUCAAACACUUACCUUAUUUAGAAGUAAAAAAAAAAAAGCCUGAUAUCGAUAGUUUUUAUUAGAUCUACACAAGAGUAAUACUUUGCAAUUUCCUUGUGGUAAAAUAAGCGAGAUCGAAAACUCUAAUUAUUUUACCAUUAAAGAUAUAAUGUAUAAAAAAAAAAACCUUGUGAAUGUAUUCAUUAACUACGUGGUUGUAUUUAAAAAUUUCAGUCCUGAAUAUAUGCCACUGUUUAAAAAUUGUUUUAAAAAAUGAAUUUUGAUCUUGCUAAACAGUAUGAAAAGAUAUUUAAGUUAGAGUGUGUGUUUAAAAUAUCUGCAUUAGCAUUAGAAUAUUAAAUGAACUAAAACCCUUCCCAUUAAUAUUGAAUUCAGAAUUCAAUUUUUAAAAAGUAAUUAUUAUAAAAUUUACAGUAAAUACUGUAGUCUCAAAAGUCUGAGGUUCUGUUUAAUUAUAUUUUCAAGCAUGUCUUACAUAGCUAGUCUGAAUUUAUUCGUUGCUGUGAAACUUCCUUAAUUACAAUAAAUUAUGACUAUGAAAAGGCAGUGAGAUGACAGUGUCAAAAAAAUGAUAUAAAUUUAACAUUGUUUUGUCACAAGAAUGAACAGCCCUUUAAAAUAAUGGAAUUGCAAUCAAAAAAGAAAAGGAGUGAUAAUUUUUUUUCAGAAGACAAUUUUUCCAAUUUGUUGUACAAGGAAGAAAAAAGUGUGCAUCCUUAUGUAGUCCAAAAAAGAGUAAAAAUUUAAUUUCUAAUAAUCGGAGUUGGCGUGAAUUGCAAUUGCCUCGGAUUUUUCAGAUUAUUGUAUUUUAAAAGCAAUUUCACUAUGACUUACAUAAUAUUUUUUUUAUAUAGAAUUUUUUUCUUUUGCAACAUUAAAUUCAGAAGGAAUUAUUGGUUAAGCUGUGCCAAAAACUCCUGAGGUUCAAAAUACCUUAAAUUAACUUGGUAUGCUAACAUUACUAACAAUUGUAUACAUUUGUGCAUGUGAGUUAUUGAUAAUGUUUCAAUUAUGAUAUGUACUAUAUUGUUUAGUAUUUGAAUUUUAAAAUAUUUAAUAAUAUGCUAUUACAUUUAGCAACAUUUAUUAUGUUUGGAGAUCCUCUUAAAACAUUUGCCAUUAUUUAUCAAUUUUAUCGAUUCCCCCCCAAAAAAAAUGUUUUUGGAUUGGAAUUAAUGCUGUGCAGAUAAGAAAAUUUUGUUUUCCAGUGGAGUUUGAUAAUUACACUUCAUAUUGUAAUGUAGAAAUAUGCUUCUAUAUGGAAAUAUCGUUUAUUUUUAUCCUGUUAUUACUGAGUAUGUAUCUUAUAAUCAGUUUAAUGUAUUUUGCAUGAAUGUUUAUUUAUUUCAAGUGGCAAUUACUGUUUUAUUUGAAUGUUGCAAUGUUUUACAGAUGUCUGAAAAAUAUCACUUCUAUUGGUACAAAUUCUUAAGAUAAAGAUAUUGAUGUUUU